UAACUUUGAUAAAACAAUAACUCAAAAUGACUCUAUUUGUGAAAUAGCUAUACUUGUAUAUAAGAAGAAAGCAAAACAUAGAGAAUACUUUUUAGUAGACGAGAAGCUUGCACUAAAUGAUAGUAAUACUGAUAAAUGUUCUCUAUUUUGA